UCCUGGUUAAGCCAUCCUAUGCCACUGUUUCUAACAGCUAGUACUACCGCUGCCAGUGACAGCAGUAGCAAACAGUCUUAUCAACUUUAGUACCAACCGGUUGGCACUGGGAACUCCAACGGUCAGUGUGUCCGUAAGCAUUUCCAGAGUCAUGCUAGUCUGUUUCACACGGGACUGAGCGCCGGCGCGGGGUACCGGGGACUGUAGGUUGCGUGCAUUUAAUGACUGACCAUCCAUUCAUCCAUUGAAGAGACGGCGUUACAGUUGGAUUCUGAGACACGGAGUCACUGCUCAAGGAAGGCGAAGAGACUUGACUCUAGUCAGCGUCCUGCCAGAUAAGGGGCGGGUUCCGAGACCGACCGAACUUGUCCUUCCCGGCGUGCAGGUCUGCUGACAGCCUCUCUUAAUCUCUCCCUUGGGGGGAGUUGCAGCAUGCCGUGUCCGUGACGCCCGUCAGUGGCUUACAUCAUCUCAGUUAUUCAUUUUUCCCCGCUUGCCCUGUAGGGGUCACUCGGCCCUGGAAAGAGCCGCAAGCCGGGUUGGGAGAUGUACCUGAAGCAGCUGACUGACCCGUUGGUUGUUUUCUAAUAAAUAAAAAUUGUACAUACUGCAAGGAUAGUUAGGGCCUUCCUUGUGUGUACACGGUUGAUUUAUAGGCAUAUUUUCGCUUCAGCCAUGAAGAAGUUUUUCGACUCUCGUCGGGAGCAGGGCAGUUCUACUCUUGGUUCUGGUUCUGCUGGAGUGGGUGGAGGUGGCAGUAACUCUGGCGUGGGCACUGGAUAUAUCGGCCGGGUUUUCACAGUGGGGCGCUACCAGGUUACCGUAGAUGAGGUGCUGGCUGAAGGAGGAUUUGCUCUAGUGUUCUUGGUACGGACCCAUAAUGGAAUGCGAUGUGCUUUAAAACGAAUGUAUGUAAAUAAUGAAUAUGAUCUGCAAGUGUGCAAGAGGGAGAUACAGAUCAUGAGAGAUCUAGCAGGCCAUAAAAACAUUGUUGGUUUUAUUGAUUCCUGUAUUACAUCAGUGAGUGGAGGUGAUGUGUGGGAGGUUCUCAUUCUUAUGGAUUUUUGCCGUGGUGGACAGGUGGUUAACCUGAUGAAUCAACGCCUGCAAACUGGUUUCACAGAGACUGAGGUUCUGCAAAUAUUCUGUGACACAUGUGAGGCUGUUGCUAGACUACAUCAGUGUAAAACUCCUAUUGUACAUAGAGAUUUAAAGGUUGAAAACAUUUUGCUGCAUGAUCGAGGACACUAUGUUCUUUGCGACUUUGGAAGUGCAACUAACAAAUUCCAAAACCCACAAUCUGAAGGUGUGAAUGCUGUUGAAGAGGAAAUUAAAAAGUACACUACAUUAUCAUACAGAGCCCCUGAAAUGGUCAACUUGUACAGUGGAAAAGUUAUCAGCACAAAGGCUGAUAUUUGGGCACUAGGCUGUUUACUAUAUAAACUGUGUUUCUUCACGUUACCAUUUGGAGAGAGUCAGGUUGCAAUCUGUGAUGGUGCGUUUACCAUUCCUGACAACUCCCGAUACUCAAGUGAAAUGCACUGCCUAAUCAGGUAUAUGCUUGAGCCAGAUCCAGAUAUCAGGCCAGAUAUCUACCAAGUCUCAUAUUUCGCAUUUAAACUUGCCAAGAAGGAGUGUCCAGUUCAGAAUACACAAAACUCUACAAUCCCUAUUAAGCUUCCUGAGCCUUUCCGAGCUAGUGAGGCUGCUGCUAAGAAGAGUCAACCAAAAGCCAGGUUGACAGACCCCAUUCCUACAACAGAGACUUCUAUAGCUCCUCGUCAGCGGCCUAAAGCUGGACAGACUCAACCAAACCCCGGAAUUCUUCCAAUUCAGCCUACUUUGACUCCAAGGAAGAGACCGGUUGGUCAGGCAUCCCCACAGCCACAAGGUGCUACAGUCAUGAACAGUAUCCAGGCCUCACAACCUUCAGUCUCAUCACAGCCUCAAGCACCCCAGGCCCCUCAACCUCAGCAGAAACCAUCUCAGACCGUACCUUCUCAGCAGCAACCUCCAUCUGCACAGCAGAACAUUCCUACUACACAGCCACAGGCAACACCCCAGCAUCAGCAGCAACAGUUGUACUUGAAACAGCAGUUACUACAGCAGCAAGCACUACAGCAACAAGCACUACAGCAUCAAGCACUACAACAACAGCAACAACAGCAACAACAGCAGCAAGCACUACAGCAACAGGCACUUCAACAGCAAGCUUUUUACCAACAGCAGCAUAUGAUUCAAGCUGCCCAACAGUACCAAGCCAUGCAGCAGGCAGUUCAGCAGCAAAUGAUGCAGCAACAGAUGAUGCAGCACUAUUACCUGCAGCAACAGCAGCUUGCAUCUGCAGUGCAGCACCAGCAGCAGAUGCAUUUGUUAACACAGCAGGCAGCCAUGCAACAGAAGGCAUCUGCAGCAGGGCAGCAAAUACAGCAGGUUCCAUUACCCCCCAACCAGCAAACCCAGGGAGCAUCAACGCAGGAUCGGGCGAUGCAGUCUCAAGUACGACAACCUCUGACACCUGCACAGACUCAGCCUUCACAGAUGCAGAAACUUGGGUCUCUCACACCUCCAUCCUCCCCAAAAACUCAGCGUGCUGGACAUAGAAGGAUCUUAAGUGAUGUCACGCACAGUGCUGUGUUUGGAGUCCCAGCAAGUAAAUCUACCCAGCUUCUACAGGCUGCAGCUGCAGAGGCAAGCCUAAAUAAGUCUAAGUCAGCUACUACCACUCCAUCAGGUUCACCAAGAACUUCACAGCAAAAUGUGUAUAAUCCUCCGGAUGUUUCCUCAUGGAAUCCCUUUGACGAUGAUAACUUUUCCAAGCUCACUGCUGAGGAAUUACUUAACAAAGACUUUGCAAAGCUGGCUGAUGAAAAGACAGCUGAUAUAUUAGGGCUCGAGUCUAACCCUCCACUUCUGAACAUCUCUGAUCCAUUCAAUCCUCUCCCACUGUCUGAUACCACAGAAAAACUUAUUGAAGGUCUCAGAUCUCCUGAGACUACGCUUCUGCUCCCUGACCUUUUACCUCUGGCUGAUCCUUUCAGCAGCAACACAGACUCUGAUAAUGGAAAACCUGACAUAGCCAUUGAGUCACUAAUACCUGGACUUGAACCCCCAAUGCCUCAGCGACUUACACCUCAGACUGACUCGGUAGCUUCAAACAGAACAGAUGAUACUAACCUAAUUUCAGGCUUUGAUCUACCUGAGAGCAGUGAAAAGCUGGCAGAAGAUGAGUUUGACCCAAUUCCUGUGUUGAUAUCCAAAAAUUCACAAGGUUACCAAAAAGAUUGUAGUGGAUAUCCAGCAGUGCUAACUGGGCACACUGCAGGAUCUUCAGCCUAUGAAGAAAGUCAUGUAUCUCAUCACAAGAAUAUUUCUGAUGCAGGAACAUCAGAACAUGUAGACAAUUUAAAAACUGGAGCUAAAAUACAAAAAUACACUUCAAGUAACAGUUCAGUUCAUAGCAGUGAAGAAGGGAGUGACCAUGAAGCUGAGCUUUUAGACUGUAGUGGUUCUAGACCUUUAUUAAUGGAUUCUGAAGAAGAAGAGGAUAUUAAUAGACAACAUGAUAUGAAGAAAGAAGUUUUAAAAAUUGAUGAACUUGCUCAGUUUAGUCAGGAAGGAUUGCCCAGAGACAAUUUACAAGCUGCCUUUUCUCCAGAUAUUUUAGAACAGCCUCCGGUAUCAUCCCAAAGACACAGUGAAGAAACGCACAAUGAAUUGGAUAACCUUCCUUCUGCUGUUUUUGGGAGUUCUAAUACAACUGAAGAUGACUUUGAUGUGUUUUCUAAAGCUCCAUUUACUGCCAGGAACACCAUCACAGCAAACCCGCAGGAAGAAAUAGAUGUUUUCUUAAAAGCACCAUUUAAUAAGAAAAGAUACAUGGAACAUAACAUUUUUCAGAAUCCAGCACUUCAGAGUAUUUCCAGUGACAUGCAUGGACAUGUACCACAUAUAGACCAGCCUACUGAUGUCUAUAGUUUAAGGAAGUUCAGUUUACAUAAUGCUGAUCAAACAGUGUCAGAAUCUCCAAUAAAUACUGCAGUUCAGCACUCCAGUGUAGGCUUCCAUUCUCUAAGAAGUGAUCCAUUUUAUCCCAAGGAAGAACUAGAGAACCAAGGUAGCAUCAUGCAAGAAUCUAUUAAUGAAAAAAACUUGCAAAAUAUUAAAACACAACUUUAUGUCCCUCCUGAAGAAGCUGUACUUGGCGAUGUUGUUUCCAAACCUUUCCGCCCUCAGUCUUUGUGUAAAUACUCUCGUCACUACAGUCCAGAUGAUGGACAAAGUAUAGGAGCACAGCCCAUAGCAGCUUGUAAAGUAGUUUCUCUUGCAAAUAAGCAGACUGUAGCGACAUCGAGUAACAUUGCAACUGUAUCCCCUCUGACCUCAGAGGUCUCAAGUCCUGACCCUUUUGCCUUGGCUCCAUUUCCUUCCAAACCAAGCAAGUAGAGUUCAGAAAUAUCGUACAGCACACUGACUGUGCUACUUAAAAUAUGUAUGCAAGUUAUUCUUUGUUUUAAGCUUGCACUUUGUGACACUUUUGCUGACCAAAUUGAAACUGCAGUGACAGAUGUAUCACUAUGGUAUUAAGUUAUGGUAGAUAAUAGGUAGCUUUUUUCUCUCUCUCUUAGAUGCCUAUUGAUGUGUGAUACCUAGAGUUAGUCACAUAAAAAUGUCUGUUUUAAACAGUUUAUUUUCAUUUAUAGUAGUGACCUGAAUGUGAUCUUGGUGUUUCUCAGAUAAGUUUAUUUUUAAGCAAAACUUGAAAUUUGAUCUUACAAGAGUAUAUACAUCUUGUCUGUAGGACAAUUAGAAGGAUAUAGUUUGUAUCAUGGGUUUUAGGGGGGAACUCAAGUCCAUGUGGAAAUUCAUUUUCUUGAACUAAAUGAAAUAUGAACAUUUUACUGGUUACUGAACACAGUCACAGAAUGCAUUUGUGUAAAUUGGAAGUAAACUACAUACUGUUGGAUAUGCAUAGAAGGAUAAAGCCAGGUCUUCACCUGCCUUGAAACAGUGCCUUUCACAUUAAGUAUUUUUACUGCUUUCAUGUAAGGUGAGGCUGUUGAGUUUCCAAAGCCGCCUCCUUUCCUAGACUUGUAAUAGAAAUAAAAAUAAGAAAAUCCAAACACUGUCAAAAGUAAAGACUACCUUAGAACAGUUUAUCUUGUCAGUGAAAUGUCUGUAUUUAUAAUGCAAGAAAACUGAAUACUGUUGAUUGUAAUAGAAAUUAGUGGGCUACAUUCAGUUUAAUAAAAGUACUUUUUUGUGUAAGAUGUAUAUACUUCAAGACCAAAUGCCAUGUCCUUUGUAAUCAACAGAUCCAUAUUUCAAUGAAGCAAAUUCAUUUAUUUAAUUAAAAUUUUACGUGUCUUAGACCUCACAGCUAUUCCCGCAUGGGGUAGUCUACUCUUCACAGAUGUUCUGGUGUUUGAAUGCAUUUCUUGAAGUAUGUUUCUCAACAGAGAGAGCUGUAAGUUCAUAUAAAACAUUUGCAACUAUCAAACCACCCAUGACUUCAUAGUUUUUAUGGUACAUUUGGACCAUCAUUAACCUUUAAUUACUCAGGAUUGAAAUGUAGUUAUACACUGGUAUUUAAACCAAGCAGGUGUGCAAACAUUAUAUUUGUCACUGUUUUUCUUCCUUAGAUUGAGUAGUUCCAGAAGCUUAUCAAAUACUCUGUAACAUGAAAGUUAAAAAGUGAUAAAAUGUAAGUGAUGAAAACAGUUCUAGCAAACAAUCAGUGUUUUCUUUUGAUAAAAUGUCUGUAUACAAUUGAGGGACAUUUUGUUGCAAGAAAACUGUUACAGUGGUACCAUAUGAUUAUGUUGAUAUAUAAACAUGGAUUGUUUUCUUCCAUUCUUUUCAUAGUAGAUGCUGGAAGAAAGUGUACAUUUGCAAGAAACCCAUGCACAAUGCAUAUAGAAUGAGUGUUCAUAAAAAAAAAAAAAAAUAGGGGCAUCACAUAUAGCCUACAUCUGCACCGAAAUUAUUUGGUCUUGUUUGGACUAAGAAAUGUUAGUGGAACUGAGUUGGUAGACACUGAUCUUGAAGAAAUCUUCUUAUCUUAAAGUAUAAAGACUGAUUAUCUUGAUGUAAAGUGGCAUAAUGUGGCAGUAUAAAGUGAAAGAAUUUUCCAUAUCUA